AUGGCCUCUGGCUUCUUCCAAGAAGAAGACUUCCUCUGUCCCAUCUGCUAUGAUAUCUUCAAGGAUCCUGUGGUCCUCCCCUGCAGCCACAGUGCCUGUAAGACCUGCAUAGAGGACUACUGGAGAUAUAAAGACCACCAGGAGUGUCCAGUCUGCAGGAAGAGAUCAUCCAUGUCUCUACCAACAGUCAGCCUUACUCUGAAGAGGCUGUGUGAGGUGUUUCUGCAGGAGAGGAGCUCCAGACACACUGGGUCAGAGAAGCUUUGUGGUCGACACAAACAGAAAGUCAAGUUCUUCUGCCUGGCGGAUGAACAGCCGGUCUGUUUGCUGUGUCGCGACUCAAGGAGACAUAAAGGACACACGUUCUGUCUAAUAGAUGAAGUUGUCCAGGAUCGGAAGGAAAGUUUAAAGGCUGAACUGGAGACCUUAAAGGAGAAGCUGGAACUUUACACUGAAGCCAAACUAGCCUGUAGACAAACUGAAAAAUACAUCCUGACUCAAGCUGCGGAGACACACCAGGAAAUGAAGAAACAGUUUCAUUUUCUUUAUACAUUUCUACUUAUGGAAGAGAAGGCUCGGAUAAAUGGUCUAAUAGAGGAAGAGAAAGAGAAGACUAGGGUGGUAAAGGAAAAAAUAGACAAAAUUAAUAAUGUUAUUUCAAGUCUUUUGACGGAGAUCCGAGCUGUAGAGGAGCAUCUUGAUGGUGACCACGUUACCAUGCUGCAGAGAUACCAUGCCGUUCCACACAAGACCAGAACCCAGUGUAUGGUGCCAGAUCCCCAGCUGGAUUCAGGAUCACUGCUAGAUGUAGCUAAACACCUGGGAAACCUGCAGGUCAAAGUCUGGGAGAAGCUAAAGGGACAUAUGAAAUACUAUCCAGUGAUUCUAGACCCCAACACUGCUCACAGAGAUGUCCUGGUUGACCCUGACAUGGCCACGUUCAGAAUCAGAAACUCCUGGGAGAGACAAGAGAUGAUGGCUCCUGACAAUCCAGAGAGGUUCAACCUCUAUGAAGGGGUUCUGGGCUCUGAGGGCUUUGAUUCAGGCACGCACAGCUGGGACGUGGAGGUCAGGGAACCAUCUUUUGGGGAGGACUGGACUGGCUGUGAAUGGGCCCUGGGAGUGGUGGGGGAGUCUUCAUUGAGGAAGGGAGUGAUCAAGACCGGAGGCUGGCGCUUGGACCACCAAGAGGGUGCAUACAGUGUUCGGUCCGUGCCUGAGCCGCCCAUCCCCAUCGUUAUUAAUUCGAGACAGAGACUCCGAAGGAUCAGGGUGACACUGGACUGGGACGGAGGGCAGCUGACCUUCUCCGAUCCGGAUAACAAUGAGCGCCUCCACACGUUCACACACACUUUCUCAGAGAAAGUCUUUCCGUAUCUGAGCAAUGGGUCUGACCUCUAUAGCUUGAGGAUCUUACCAGGGAAUAUCCAGGAACAGGUGUGUGGGCAGAAAAUUAGUCUUAUACCAUCUGACCAGUGAUCUAAAUGUCCAGAACCUGCGUGGUGAAAAACAAUAUACAGU